UCUCACUUCAAUUAUCACACUAGAAAAACAAAAAAAUGGCAGAAGCACCAAUUACAAUUUCGUCUGCCCUCAUCUUCUUCUACGCUCUUAGUUUAGUUGCUUCCGCCGCCGCCGCCGCCGUGGCGGCCAACCCCGCCGCAAGUUUCAUCAGAUCAUCUUGCAGGGCCACCACAUACCCCGCCGUCUGCGUCCAGUCUCUGUCCCCACACGCCACCACAAUUCAAAAAAGCCCCGGACAACUAGUGACGACAGCUUUGACCGUCAGCGUUGACCGGGCCCGUUCCGCGAAGGUAUUCGUGGCGAAUCUGGCCAAGUUCCGCGGGCUGAAGCCGAGGGAGCGGGCCGCGCUCAAGGACUGCUUGGAGGAGGUGACGGACAGCGUGGACCGGCUGAGCAAGUCGAUCCAGGAGCUGAAGAAUAUGGGUCGGGCCAGAGGACCCGACUACGUUUGGCACAUGAGCAACUUGCAGACGUGGGUCAGCGCUGCGUUGACUGAUGACAGCACGUGCAUGGACGGGUUUGCGGGCCGGGUCAUGGAGGGGCGGGUCAAGACCUCUAUUCGGGCCCGUAUGACUAACGUGGCUCAGGUGACCAGUAAUGCGCUGGCACUUUGCAACAAGUUUGCCGGAAAGUACUGAUGACUCAUCAUAUCUUGUAAUAUAUAUAUAUAUAUAUAUAUAUAUA